AUGUAUUAUUUGAUGAGGCUAGUGCUACUUCUGUUUCUGCAUUAUUUAUUACCUUGUGCUUUUGCAAACGUUUUCAGCUGCGGCGGUUUCGUUAACUCUCCAAACAUUCAUCUCGACUAUAGUAAAAUACAGGUAAAGCUCCUCACAGCAGAAGGGAAUCUCAAGUAUGAGACGGAAUGUAAUCCUUCCAAUGGAUAUUACUUGAUUCCAGUCUAUAAUAAAGCUGCAUAUUCUAUAAAAGUUUUCGCGCCAAGCGGGUGGCAUUUUGAGCCCGAGGUCUUCGAGGUGAAAGUGGAUGGUAGUUCGGACCCUUGCACUUUAAAUGAAGACAUUAACUUUGUUCUUUCAUCGUUUUCUGUGGAAGGAGUCUUGAGGAGUGGAGAAGGUGGAGGUCCUUCAGGUGUUCACUUAACUUUGAGUACUGUUGAGGGACUUGUCAUUGCAUCGACGAAAACGGAGCCGAACGGAAUUUACAAAUUUCGCGCACCCCCAGGAGAUUAUUUGGUUUCAACGGCUGAUGGAAGCGCGCAGUGCAUUGAAAGAGGCAAGGUUCCUAUAAAGGUUGUCGACUCACCAGUUCGUGUAGCACCAGAUUUAAAAAUAUCUGGUCAUUUACUGGUUACUUCAGUAACAUUUGGAAAGAAACCUUCUUCAGGAGUAGAGAUAUCGCUUUUUUCACAGAAACCUGUUAAGCUUCCGUAUUGUAAUGAUGAUGCGUCAGUCGUUAGAAACAGUUUGAAAUUAGUUUGCUCGUUAAGAACUGAUGGAAGCGGCUCGGCCAGAUUUCCUUGUCUGCCUCCUGGUCAAUAUGAAAUUGUUCCUUCCUUUGCAACUGAGAAGGCUCAUUUCUCUUUUUCUCCAAAAGUCUACAAGCUUGUUAUGGGGUCAACGCAGGAAGUAAAGUUUGAUAUGUUGGGUUUUGAUGCUCGUGGGAAGGUUAUGGUUGGGAAGACGCCAGUUGAAAAGGCAGAAGUAUUGGUGAACGGCGAAAGAAAGUGCGUAACUGACAAGGAAGGAUGGUUCAUCUUAGAAGAACUUCAGGAAAAGAGUUAUUUGUUAGAGGCUAAAAAAGCGCACUAUCAGUUUGAUGCGUUAAAGAUCAACCUAACUGCAGAAAAUACGGAAAUACCCAUUAUUCUUGCAAAAAAGGUUGAAAUUUGUGGUUCUCUUGAUGUCGAGGAAUUAAAAAACUCUGUAACCACUGUAUUUAUAACGAAUAAACGCACGAACGAUAAGCAAUCAACGCGAAGUGACAGCAGUGGAAGAUUUUGCAGACUAGUUGUACCAGAAGUUUACAUUGUUGCACCUUCUAAUGAGAAUGGUAUAGUAAUGAUGCCGAAACAACGUGAAGUAGAUCUUUCAAAAGGACCGGUGUUGGACAUAGUUUUUACUCAGUUUAAGGCCAAUAUUUUGGUGAAGGUGUUUUGUAUAGCUGUUUGCGAAGAGCUCAACUUGGAACUUUGGAACGAUAGAGAGCUAGUCAAAAGUGUAACCGGCACCGAGGAGUUUAGGUUUAUGUCAGUGGUUCCUGACACUUACAAAGUCAAAAUUCUCGAUGGAGGAUAUUACUGUUGGGAUCGAUCCGAAAUCUCAUUUAUUGUUGAGCGAUCUCACAUCAGUGACUUAAGUUUUCGGCAGAAAGGUUAUCAGGCGAGAAUAAAGCUGUCACAUCCUGCGAGAAUGAAGUGGCAAUUCUUGGAAAAUAAACAGUUGACUGGAGAAUUGAACGCUUCGUCCGGUGUUACUUUACUUUGUUUACCUAUGGCCGGACGUUAUGUUUUGAAAUUUGAUGCUUGCUAUACAUUUGAAAAGCCGCUUUAUGAGAUAAGUACGCCACAAGAUUCCGAAUUAGUUGUUCGCGCCACCGAUUUUCUCGUCACCGCUUUAGUGUCAUCUGCCACAAAACUGUCAGAAGAAAUUGAUUUUACUUUGAACGUCAAAGGUUCCUCAAAAAUCGAUACUGUUGAGGUGACCGAAGAUGAAUCAGGCAAUUUGGCUUUUCACUUUCAUCUUCCGAUUUCUGACUCCGGUAGAAAGAUCACAUUGAUACCACAGUCUGCCGUUUACCUUUUUGAACCUCUUUCUCACGAGUUCAUUUUUAAUGGUGAGUGCCACAAGAGCGAAAUCACUUUUAAGGCUGUUAAAGGUGUCUUUCUCGAGGGAUCAUUAUCUUCACCUGUUGAAGGUGUGAAAAUUCUUGCAAAACAUCGUUCAGUACCGGAAUAUGUACUGCAAACCUUUACAGACGUGAGGGGAAAUUACAGAUUAGGACCUGUUCGUAAUCUGAAGGAUUUUGAUAUAACUGCUGAAAAAGAUGGCUAUAAAUUUGAAAAAGAUCAAAGCGGUUUCUUUGUGCCCGUGAAACUUUCUCAACUACGUAUUGCCAUCGUCGAUGCCGUAUCGGGAGAACCACUCAAUGAUGUCCUCUUAUCUCUUAGUGGCGUUCAAAAUUAUCGAUCUAAUAAUAUUAUCGAUAAAGACGGAAAAAUAACAUUUGUUGGCUUGCAUCCUGGAGAGUAUUUUAUACGGCCGAUUCUUCAAGAAUAUCGCUUUGAACCAUUGUCGCUGACAAUAAAUGUGAAGGAAGGGAAGGAAGAAUCAAUAACGCUUAAGGGCCAGCAGUUUGCUUACAGUGUUUUCGGAUCAGUAACUCACGUUGCUGGUCAACCAGUGGAAGGCUUAGUCGUUGAAGCUGUCUCUGAAAAGUGUAGCCAGCUUCAGGAGGAAGACACGACAGCUGAGACAGGGACAUACCGGAUUCGUGGACUUCGACCAAACUGCGUUUACAGGUUGAAACUUAAAAGUCAGGAUGGAAAGGUCCUAGAUUCGUACCCGUCACAUUACGACCUUUCAGUGCUAAAUAAGAAUGUUGAAAAUAUCGAUUUUAUCUUACUGAACUUCGAAAAAACUGUUGAUGUAAUGGGUGAGAUCGAUUUUGUUGGACUAGAUCUACCACCACAGUAUCAUGUUGCUGUGUAUAAACGAGAUUCCUUAGUUCAGCGAUGUACAGUCAAUGCGCCUUCCCGUAUAUUUUUCUUCGACGGUCUUCCUGUGGACAAUACAGAAUAUUCCGUUCGUUUCGAGAGUGACCAUGGUCACAACGGUCAAAAAUAUUUUUCUCCAGAAGUUUCAUUUAUUGCUGAUUCAACCUAUAAAAUAAUCAAACUGCAAGUUGUGUCACAGCAAAAAUUGGCUGAGGUUGAGAUAACCAUAGGAAGCUACUUGGCUUUACCGUUUUUCUUAUUAGUUGCCUUCAUCUUCUUCGACCAUCAAAAGGUCUUAUCCUUUGUUGAAGACGCUUUCUUUCGUUUUUCUACCUACUCAGCUGCAAAUCAUAGCCCUUCCCCUACAGAGGACACUGCUAAUGUCAGUAGAAGACGAAUGAAAGUCGGAAAAAUGCCGUCACGUACUUAG